AUGGACGCCGAUUUCGUCAUCAGAGACGCAAAGCAAGAGGACCUCGAUGCUAUUGCGCUGCUCAUUGCAAGGUCGUAUGAUCAGCUUCCGCUUUGGAGGCUCAUGGUCCAAGACGUGGAACCGGCAGCGCUACAUGUGCUCUUGCUCAACUUCACACGGAACAGAUUCAGGCAGCCGAUUUACAAGUAUUUCGUAGCCGUAGAUGCGGCAAAUAGCACCAUUGCGGGCUGUACCGGGUUGUCCUUGCCGAGAAGAGAUGAGGAAGGCGAGUCCGAACUUGCAGGAGAAUGGCCAACGGGCAUGAACGAGGCGCUCGCAAACCGGUUCUUUGGUCCGUUGGUGACACAAAUCAAAGACUAUGGCUAUGACCCAAAGUUGCAUUUUCGCCGAGCAGGGACUUUCAUUGCGCCAGAGUAUCAGAAACGAGGACUCGGUACACGGCUAACUCGCCACUGCAAUGCAAUUGCUGACGAAGCGGGAAGCUCGACGUACGUUACUGCCAUAAGCGAGGUGGCGUUGUAUAUGUUUGAGAAGGAAGGAUUUGCCAAACUUGGGUCUCUGGAUACCAAUCUGGAGGAGUUUGGCGGGCAAGAGCUGCUGACUAGAUCGUAUGCGUGUUGUCGAGUGCAUGUGGUAAAGCCUCGAGACAGAAGUGUUUGA